CAGGAAGCAGUAAGGAUGGGUGUGUAGCUCUGUAUUACAGUGUGUGUGAGUGUGUGAGAGAGUGUGUGUGUUCAGGUCAGUCAGACUGCAAUGAUUUCUAACAUUCCACUAAAUCUUCUUUAUCUUUAAUUCAGUCUCACGCGCAGCGCGAUGGUGGGAUCAGUGCGCUCCUGGACGGUGAAGCACGUUGGCCGCUGGCUGCGUGAUGAAGGUUUCAGUGACUACGUGGAGCUGCUGUGUAAUAAACAUCGGCUGGACGGCACCAGCCUCCUCACACUGACCGAGUUUGACCUGCGCUCUCCGCCGCUCGAGCUCAAAGUGCUCGGGGACAUCAAGAGGCUCAUGCUCUGUGUGCGCAGGCUACAGAAACAGAACGCAGACGCCCUGGAGGAGCUCGGCUUCGCUCAUGACACACACUCGCCACAGGGGGGCACUGGGGUGGAGUGGCUGUGUAACGGGGAUUCGGUGCGGGAGCGGGACAGCGUGAGUGAUGUUCUGGGAGGUGAACAGUUCUCCUACAGUAACGGGAAGCAGAAGCAGCAGAACCGGCGUCUGGACCCAGAGUACUGGAAGACCGCGCUCAGCUCCGUCUACGUCACCCUCGUCUUCGGCUUCACCUCCUUCGUCAUGGUCAUCGUUCAUGAGCGCGUACCGGACAUGCGCACCUAUCCUCCGCUACCCGACAUCUUCCUGGACAGCGUUCCCAGAAUCCCCUGGGCCUUCGCCAUGGCCGAGGCGUGUGGAGUCAUCCUGUGUAGUGUCUGGCUAAUCGUACUGCUGCUACACAAACACAGGUCUAUCUUGGUGAGGAGGUUGUGUAGUCUGAUGGGAACAGUGUUUAUGCUGCGCUGUGUCACCAUGUUCGUCACCUCACUGUCAGUACCAGGACAGCACCUACAGUGUACCGGCAAGAUGUACGGUGAUAUGUGGGCGAAGCUGCAGAGGGCAGUGGCAAUAUGGAGUGGAUUCGGGAUGACUCUGACUGGAGUUCACACCUGUGGUGAUUAUAUGUUCAGUGGACACACUGUGGUCCUCACCAUGCUCAACUUCUUCGUCACGGAGUACACUCCCCGGAGCUGGAACUUCAUCCACACUCUGUCAUGGGUUUUGAAUCUGUUUGGGAUCUUCUUCAUCCUGGCAGCUCACGAGCAUUACUCCAUCGACGUUUUCAUCGCCUUCUACAUCACCACACGUCUCUUCCUGUACUAUCACACCCUCGCUAACACGCGCGCCUACCAGCACAGCCGCCGCGCACGCAUCUGGUUCCCCAUGUUCUCCUUCUUCGAGUGCAACGUCAACGGUCCGGUUCCCAACGAGUACUGCUGGCCCUUCUCCAGACCCGCCCUGCUCAGGAGACUCAUCCGAUAACACACACACACACACGCAUAUGCACACUUUAAAAAAAAAAAAAAAAAAAAAAAAAGCAUGCACAUACAUAUGUAUAUAUACACUCACACAUACACAAACACUGACUCACACACAAAAAUACACACACACAAAUAAACUCACAUACACACUCACACAAACAUGCACACACACACACACACACGUCCAGUGUGUGACUGGAGCGAUGUAUAUAACUGACACUGAGUUUAUGUUUACGACGUCAUCCUCACUCUCUCCCUGUGUUCACUCUGUAGUCUGCAUUAUCACCACUAUCAGUACACAGUGUGUGUGUGUGUGUGUGUGUGUGUGUGUGUGUGUGUGUUCCAAUCCACACACACUGACCACUGUCAAGUCCACAGGGUCUCUACUCCUGUGGGUGUGUGUUAUAAAGUUUUUAGGCUUGUGCUGCAUGACGUUUGUUCCUGCAGGUCGCUCAGGAUUAAAGGUGCAAUAAGCAUAAUUAUCCACUUACACAACUUUAAAGCUGCACUCAGUAGAUUUGCAUGCUCAUGCUAGUUUUGUGUCCAGAGCAGGAUUUCUGCUGAUGAUUUCACAAAAGACUAUACACAAACACACAAAGUCAUACACACUAAAAUUAUAAGGUCACUUUAAUCAGAUUUAAUGAAGAAUUCGGACAGCUUGGAUCUCGUAACUCUGACCUACAGUUUGUAAGGAGUCUCCAGUUUCAGGAAGUUUACAAAAAAAAGCUUGAAAAAUUGUAAUUAUUGGGAAAUGGCUACAGUAAAAGAGGAAAAAAACACUGUGGGACAUUCUGUUCAAGGAAAAUCAUUAACUCUGGGCUGGUGAACAGGAGCACUUGGAUUAUUUCCCUGUGUGCUUUCCAGAAUGUUUUAUUCCUCACUUAAUAAAUAUAGAAAAAAAAUUAAAUAAAAAUUAAUUCAUUAUUUAAAAAAACAACAAUUAAUUGUUACAAAAAUAAUUAAUUAUUAAAAAAAUUAAGAAAAAUCGAAAUUAAAAACAAGAAAUAUAAAAGUAAAAUAAUCGAUACCAAUUAAAAUAAAAAAAAUAUUUGAAAAAAUAAUGAAUUCUUUAAAAUAAAUUAAUUAUUUAAAAAUAAUUAAUUAUUUAAAAAUUUGAUAUAAAAAAAUCUAAAUUAAAAACAAAUGUAAACGUAAAAUAAUCGAUAAGGAAACCUACAUUAAAGCUCAAUAUUACAGUAUAAAUUUCUAUUUAUAGUUUAUAGUCUAGUUUUAUGUUCCAGUGGUUUAUUUUCUGUAUUCAGGCUACAGGUUCCGUGUAUAUUUUACUGAUUGCACCUUUAAUAGAAGCCAUUUCUGGCGGUGAGAGUCCAGCUUCAGCUCUCCGGUGUAAAUACGUGUAAAUAAGAAGAACCAUUCUAAAGCAAUAUGAACUACGCUUCCUCGACUAGUUUACACUGUCGCUGUCACACACACUCACACCGAGGUUCAUCAUUAUUAUUAUCAUAAUCAUAAUUAUUAUUAUUAUUACUGCCAUCUCCGACAUCGGUGCAGAAAAAAAUCAGUGUACAUUUCGUUCAUUCGUUUUUCAUUUCAAAAAUUCAAACAACUUUUUGUUUUCAUGUUUUUUUUUUCUUGCCAGCUAAAAUAGUAAAUGAAUUCUUUUUCUCCUAAUAUUUACAAAAGAAAAAAAAAGAAUUUAAAUAGGGGAACAAAUUUUCCAGAACAUUUCAGUGCAAUCAGAAAUUAAUCUGAAAAACCAUAAAAAAAAAAGCAAAAAAAAAAAAAAAGUUUUAUAGUAUGUUUUUUUCCAAGAGCUGAAACUGCGUGUAGAUUUUUUUUAUAAUUUUCAAGAAAACAAAUAAAAGGCAACACACACAAAUAAAAUAUAAUUCUGUAUUUAUUAUACAUUUUUGCCAAUUUUUUUAUUAAGUUGACCAACCAAACUCAAUUUAACAUCAGUGUCUUUUUUUUUUUCUUUGUUUUUCUUUUUUUUCUUAGCUUUGCAGUCAUAAAACUUUAACAGAAAAAUUAAAAAUUUGCCAAAAUGUUGGAUAGACAGGUAGAGUUUUAUUUAAAUGAUCAAUGCAGAGGCCAACAGUGAGUUGUUGUUGUUGUUAUUAUUAUUAUUAUUAUUAUUAUUAUUAUUAUUAUUAUUAUUAUGUAUUUAAAAUGUUAUGUAAAUAUCACAAAUGGUGUUUAUGAUCCUGAAACUUUACCUUGUAGAGUUUACUAACGUUUACAACUCCACUGAAUAUCUAGCUUACUUUAUUUUUAAGGAAAGGAAACAUUUCGGUUGUUGUGUUCUAAUGUGCCAUGUUCCAUUGCACAGUUCUUAUGAUUUAUAAUAAUAGACUUUAAAAAAAACAAACAGUAAUAAUAAAAUAGUUUUUUUUUUGUCUCUAUAGCACUUAUUGAUCAGUGAUUUAGCCCGAGUGUCUUUGCUUUAGCACCUUCUUCCCAUAAAACUGUACUUUCUGCAUGUUCUCCAUGGAGAAAUCUUAGAAUCUGUUUACAAUCAUAGAAUUGAAUAUGGUAUAUGUGUACGUAUUACUAAACAGUAAUUUGCCUUCAUUCUCAGAAUCUUCUUCACCUGACAUUUCUCUCAUGUAUAGGCUGGCUGUUUUCUAUGCUUGUAAAUAUGUAUGUAAUGAGAAAAUCAAUCAUUGUGUAGCACAAAAUAAAAAAGUAGCCAUUGUAAAUAA